AUGGAGGAAGAUCAAACCUAUCCGGGCGAGGUCAUGAGCCACCGUGGGUGUUGUACUGGUCGACGUCGAAAGACCAAGAAGGUACUGGGCGCUGCUGCGGUGCUGGUCCUCCUCCACUCGAUCCCCAUUUACAAGCAACUGUCUUAUAAGUUCUGCAGGAAAACAGACCCGUGCAUUUUCGACCAGUCUAAAACGAAUGCUAAUUGGGUUAAGAACGCAUAUGUGACUGACGGUCAGAAGCCUCUUAAUCCGAGUGACCUAGGUCUCGACCAAGCCCAAAUUCUCACAAUACCCAUCGAAAACGAUUUCAACAGCCACAAGGGCUUCUUCCUACCGCAAGACGACUCUGCAAAUGCCCCGACUAUCAUCCUCUUUUAUGGCAUCGACUCCAACGUGGGCAAAUCGUUUGGCUCGUUGGCGAAUGCGUUUCAGCAUCUGAGUGCGAAUGUAGUCUGUGUGGAUUAUCGUGGUUUUGGAGCAUGUCGUACAGGUGUGGUGGGUGAGUCUACGUUGAAGGAGGACGCACGCCGUGUAGUCGAGUACGUGCACAGUUCGUUGCCGGUCGACCGUGAGCGGAUCUUCGUGUUUGGUCAUGGGUUGGGUGCGAUGGCUGCAUUGGAAGCUGUGAGUCAUCCGGCCGUGCGUGGAAAGGUGCGUGGCGCAGCAUUGUUGAACCCGCAGACGAACGCAGUGGAUGCAGCCUCGUUGCGUGUGCCAUUGCCCCAAUAUUAUUUGGACUGGUGCUGUCCGGAGAAAUUCGACAACGUGGCAUUGCUCCAGAAUACAGAUGCACCUCUCCUCGUUGUCUCAGGGUCUGACGACCGUGUCGCACCACAACCCAUGACGGCAGACAUCUGGCGUAACGCCCGUUUCAACUGCAGCAAACGCGGUGUCGUACUAAACGGCGCUGGCCAUGAGAACCCCCUUCUCUUCACACCACACAUGCACUCCCUCCGAGCCCUCUUCAAAUCAUUCCUUCAUACACCCGAAGAGUACCGAGACGUACACCCGACGCACUGGCUAGACCUCACCGAAGACGCACUCCGCUACACUGGCUCCCACGAAGCACCACCCACUGUCGUAGACAUCGCAACCACCCAGUACCUCAAACCCGCCUGGAUCUCAACCAAAGAAGCCGUACGUUCCGCCACAGCCUGCGCUAAUGAUACUCUCGUCUCCCAGUGGCAAAAGUGGAUCGCGCAACGCGACCAACCUGCCGUGGAAGAACCCGGAAAAGCGGCACCCACCCCAAAGGCGGCUCCCACCCCAAAGGCGGCUCCCACCCCAAAGGCGGCUCCCAUCCCAAAGGCGGCACCCACGACAAAAGCGGCACGGAAGCCAAAAGUGGCACCGAAGCCCAAGGCGGCACCCACCACCCCUGCACCGAAGCCAGCACCAAAAGCCACUCUGCAGCAAUGUGCACUGGCACCAGAAGUGGCGACGGCAGUCUCGACGGCACUGCAAGGGGCAGCAGGGCCUAAAGCGACCCGAGAAGUGGCACCCGAAGUGGUCGCGAAAGUGACACCGGAGGCGGUAGCGGAAGCGCCUACGGAGGUGGUAGCGGAAGCGCCCACGGAGGUGGUAGCGGAAGCGCCCACGGAGGUGGUAGCGGAAGCGCCCACGGAGGUGGUAGCGGAAGCGCCCACGGAGGUGGUAGCGGAAGCGCCCACGGAGGUGGUAACGGAAGCGCCCACGGAGGUGCUAGCGGAAGUGCCGACGGAGGCAGUAGAGGAAGUGCCGACGGAGGUAAUAGAGGAAGUGGUACCGGAAGGGGGUGUUGUACGAGAAGCGCCAGCGCCUGAAGUGUCAGCGGCAUUCCAAACGGCACCAGCAGUGGAAGCGGAAUUGGCGCCGCUAGAGGGAGUGGAGAUGGUCACCGUAGAGCCACAACUAGUUGUCGAAGCCGGAGCCGUCCCCCAAGUAGGAGUCCCCCAAUCGGACGAGACAAUUCAAGACGAGUAUGGAACUGAGCCGGUUUAUGUACCCGAGCCGGUUUAUGUACCCGAGCCGGUUUAUGUACCCGAGGCAGAUCUUGAGCUGGAGCAGCAGUGA